AUGUCACCAUGCCUGCUCGAAGUCGAUCUCGUGAGAUACAAGGUUCGCAGCGAUGAUCCCGAGGAUCUUGUGAAUGAACUGUGGCAAGGUCCUGUUACCGACACUACUUUGCCUCUGACUUUGGUUCGCAGCCUUGGCCUCGGGGCCUUGCCUGUCUGUGGAGAGGAAAUCCCCCCAGCAAAGGCCGACUACUACCAGCUCAUUGGCGUGGGCCGGGAUGCCACUCUCCACGAGAUCAGGUCCAAGUUUCGUGCAAAGGUCCUCGCCGAGCACCCGGACAAGGGCGGAGACCCAAAGAAGUUUCAGCUCCUCAACAAGGCCUACAACGUCUUGACAGACCAGGAGAAGCGCCGGCGCUACGAUACCACCGGCCGAGCCGAGAAGUCUGCGGAAGAGGAGUUCGUGGAGGGAUUUGCGGGUGGCAGGCAUCACUUCGAACCCCGCAGCAAGGAGGCCGAUGAGAAAGCAAUUGUGAGCUUGAAGGACCGGAUCAUCACAGGAAACCAGACGCAUGAAGAGGGCUUCGCCGAGUGGCUCCGGCAGAGGGAUCAGCAGGCCAUGGUCCUGACUGAUAAGGACUUCAUGAAGACGCACCUCUUCAAUGCCUCCGAGUUGGCAACGAAGAUCAACCACCCUGGGCCAGUUCAGCACAUCCUGGGAUCGCCCAAGACCGAUGCUUACGGGCAAGCUAUGGGUGGCGCCGUACAGGUGCAGGUGAAGCCUCGGCCCUUGAAGAAGACCAUUGACCAUGACGAGGUGCUGGUACGAAUGCUUGCUGUACCAGUGGACGACUCCAUGGUUUAUGCUGAUCUCAAGAAGACCGGUGUUUGCCUUGGCAUGACCGGGGUCGGCAGAGUUGAACAGGCAGGAACUCGGGUGGAAGACUUGAAGCCAGAGGAUGCAGUUCUGGUCCUUCCGAAGCCUACCAAGUUCUCCUCCGGACAUCCGAUUGGAACUGGCAGAACCCUGCUUACAUGCAGCGAGGAUGACUUGCUGCGAAUCCCUUCGGAGAUCUUGGAGCAGCUGACGCCUGAGCAGAUCUGUUUGACCCCAACCAUCGUCUGCGCCUACACGGUUCUGGAGCAGUUCGGCAGCAAGCUGAAGCCGGGCGACUCCGUUUUGAUCAACGCUGCUCACCUGUCCGCCUCCGGCUCGGCUCUGCUGCAACUCUGCAAGCUCCUGAAGCUGAAGCCGCUCUGCAUGCUGCCACUCCCCGGGUCUCCCAAAAAUCUUGCGAAAGGCGAGUACGGUUCCAAGGCGGCUUGGGCGGAGGUCGACAACCGAGCGGCCGCAACACCUACUGUUCGAGCCCAGUACGAGCGCAUCUCGGAGCAGCUGGUGACCAUGGGAGCAGAGGAGGUCUUCCCCGAUGCCGUCGCGCUCUUGCGGUGGCGAGAUCGCAACCAGCGCAUGCUGCCCAAACUCGCCUUGGAUGGCAUCGCCACGCGUGACUCCUGCGAGCAGCUGAUCCACUGCCUGCAAUCUGGUGACAAGGAUGCCCAGAUUGUUGUGUACGGCCACGGCAUUGCUCAACCAUUGGAGAUUUCGCCGCCUUUGCUCGCGGCCUGGGGUGGUCGCAUUGUUGGCUUCAACAUUUCAAGGUGGGUGCACUCCUUGUCUGCCAACGCCAAGAAGAUGAUGGCUGUCAUGGUCACCAAGCUUGUGCGGGCGAACAAGUUCGUCCUGGACACCGUCGUUUACAAGGUCGGUGAGGAUGCUUGCAGCGAGGCCUUCUCCCGAGCCGCGGAUGCCAGCGACAACACCCAGGUGGUGCUGGUCUUCCCCACUUUGCAGGAGGAGCUGGCCUUGUCUGCUCAGGAGCAGAGGGCCGAAAAGGAGAAGCAAGCCAAGCACAAGGAGGAGGAGGCCGCCAAGAAGAAAGAGGAGGAAGAGCGCGACAGGCUGAAAGCCGAUUGGCUGAACCUGCUCUUCACGGACCAGAGCGUGGCUGCCAUGAGCCCAGAGGGUCCUCUGCCAACAGCGCACGAGGGUGGUAACCUGGACAGUCCGAAUGCACUGGUGAUCUGGCUGGGAGAUGACUCCCAGAACGAAGCGGCUGCCGUAAGGGAAGUCGCCUCGCAAGUUGGAAGCGCUGCCUUCGUCUCCCUUGCUUGGGCUCAGCAUCCCGCAGCUGAGGCCUUCACCGAUUUCUCCUUGAAGUUGCCAGAGGUCGUGGACGGCUCCUUCUUCCUUCGGGACCGCCAGGCCUUCGAGAACCAGGACCUGGACAUGCUCCACGAUGUGGAGCUCUUGGGCCGCUGCCUCGCAGAGUCCAUCGAGACAAAGCUGGGGGAGUUUGGCCUCAGCUGGGACAAGGUGGUGAUUCUCGGCUUUGGCAAGGGCGCCGGCAUUGCCCUCUAUGCAUCCCUCCUGAACAUCUUUGCGCAGCAGGUGGCCGCCACCGUCCUCUUCAGCCCCAUCGUGCUCUUCCCGUCAUUCCUGGCUGAGAAGAUGCAGGCCUUGCGCCAGACGACGACCGGCAAGAUGAAGGUGUUCGCUGUCUGGGGCAAUCGCAACAGGUCCACGCCUGGUACCUACCGCCAGCUGCUGGCGCAGACCAUGCGCAAGGCGAAGGACGUGGUGUUCACGCCCGACACCCUUCCCGACGGGGACCACUCCUUCGACAUGAAGAGCGCGGUGAUCGGCUGCUGUUUGAGCCUUUCAGCAGCGGACAUGCGAAUGUCCACGGCAGCCAAGGCAUCUGCAAAGCAGAUUCUGAAGCAUGGGCUGUCCUCAGGUUGCCUUCGGUCGGGCACCGACCGGCGGCUGAGGACUGGAGCUGGCCUCCUGCCGCGCGCCUCUUGCCUGCGAUGGAGUCGCCUCCUCUCCAAGUUGAGCACAGAAAAGUCACAUUGGUACGGUAGUGAAGAUUGGCUGCGGCCACAUCUGCUGACAUGGGGUUCCAUUCUUGCACAGCGCAAGCUGGAAACGCUGCAGAUUGGCUCUUGCCCUCGAGAGGGCUCGAAGCUGGACCAACUCCAACUUCUCUUGCGCUGCAAGGAUCUACGGCAUGCUGCCAGCAUUCUGGUGGAUGCAGGGUAUGGAGUGGGCCCUGCUGACUUGAUGGAAGCUCCGGCGGCGGAAGGUUUGGACGGAGAUGGAGUCUGGACACUCGUUGCGGAAGGAGGGCGGCCUCCUACACUCCGCGACUUGAAAGUGGAGGGGGCAGAUGUCCGACUUCAGGUGCAGACGAGUUCCCACCUGGUCUUUGCCGAGGUGUCCUCAAGCCCUUUCGGGGGCAGGGCCGAGGCCAGCAGCGCCGGGAAGCGAGUCAGAAGGGAGCACGAGCAGUCUGAGGAGGAGGAGCCCGUGGUCACGAUAAGGCUCCAGGCCCCGCGACUCCGUGAGGGCUCUGCUCGCCACUGGGCGAAAGUUGCCACUUCCGGUGUGGUCGCGGCCAAGGAGCCUUUCCGUGCUGCCAACUGCACAGUCGCACUGGAGCUUGUUGCCGCGGGUCCAUCAGACCUUCAUGGCUAUUGGAUCUUCACAGCAGGACUUUUUGUCAUGGUCGUGGCUCCGAGGGAGUGCUCGGGAUCCAGUUUCUGCAUGUCGGAUGCAGCUCUCGAGUCCCUUUGCGGUAGAACGGCUCCCUUGGAGAGACGCUCUCUCUGUGACGCUGUUGCUGGGAAGGUCGAGGACACUUCGGGUGCUCUCACGGUUCUGUGCAGAGCCUGGGCUCCGGAGGCAGCUGGCUCCUGCUUCUAUGAUCCGGCGACGGGAACUGGCGGACGGAUCGAGGUUUUCGAGGAGGAUCGACUGGUGGUUCAUCGCCGCACAGACGGAAGUGAGCUUCGCUGGAAGAUUCUGAAGAUGGAAGCCAACCCCUUCCCCGCGGCAGGUACGUCGGAUGAGCAGGAAGAAGAUGCUGCUGAUCCGCCGGAAGAUUCCAAAGCUGAACCUUCCAGGAGAAGAGAUGCAAAACCUGCCAGACGCAGUGACCAGGACACCUCGCAUUCGUUGCCGAGAUCGCGAUCAAGAGAGGAAACGAAAGAGAAGCAAAAAGCACGGACAAGGAAGGGCAAACAGGUCGACAAGGAAGCAAAGGACAGUUCAAAGGCGAAGGAGAAAGGACAGCAAAAGGAGAAGCAGACCCAGGAAAAGGAGGCCCUUACUGAAGAACACACGAAAGAGCGGGAGAAGCAGCGAGCGAAGGAACGACGCGAGAGGGACUGCGAGCGCGAUCGGGAAAAGGCAAAGGACAGGCCGCAGCGAGACCGGCUCGAGCCGAAGACCGCGGACCGAGACAGGGAGGAGUGGCGGGCGCGAGAGAGACAAAAGGCUCGGGAGCGCAUGCGGGAUGAGCGAGAAGCUGAAAGGAGCAGAGAAAGGGAUCGGGACAAGGAAAGGAAAGCUCGAGAUCGGCACAAGGAUAAGUCGCGCGAGCCUUCGCGAGACCGCGAGAAGCCGAGGAGGCAGCUGGAGAGGAGCCAUGCCUUUGACAAGGCAGCCGCUCCGAAGUCCACGUCUAUCCCUGCUGGGCAAGCUUCUGCCUUGCCCGUGACUACAAGCGCGACAUCGCUCUUGGCGGCUGCUGCUUACCAGGCCCGCGUCGAGCCGAGUCCGCCAAACCCGGAAGUAGAGCACUUCCUGUCGCUCAACAGCGUGGAGCCGCAUGCUGCCGCCAAGCUCCGAUCUCUUCCGCGCGCCCUGCAGCGGUCGGUGCUGGAGCGCGGUUCGCUGAUGGGAGCGCGUGAUCCGUCUGCAGUGCUGAUCUCUCGUGUCCGUGACAUCAUGAUGUCAACGGCACAUGCGAUGCCAACCCUGCCUAUCGUGUCCGUGACAUUGCCGAACGGACAGCAGGUGCACCCGGGUGUUGAGGCACUGAUCCUUCGCUUCGGCUUGGAUGCGCAGUGCGCGCAGCAACUCCGCCAGCUCCCUCUCCAGCUCCAGGCCGUGGCAGCUGAGCUGCCGGUGCACGAGGCGCGGAAUCCCUCCGCUUUCGUCAUGGCCCAGCUGCAGCUCCCUCGGUUUAAACAAGCCGCGGCAGCUGCCAAAGCGAUGCAAGCUGGGCCGGCGACCCAGCUCUCAGCUUUCAGUUUUCAUCACAUUGGAACCGGCAUCAAGUUCUUCGAAUUACUUUUCGGAGGCUCUGAGGCUGAUCUUGGCCUUCGGCCGACAAGGGCAAAGACCCUCCCAAGCGAGGCCAAAGAGGGCGUCUUGCUGCUGCCAUCCUGGCUCAAACCACCAUGUGGCAUCUUGACCUGGCAGUCGAGGCUGGUCACGAUGGAGAGCCAACCGCUCACAGGCCUUGAGUCUUCAGGGGCCGGCUGGCUAGCAUCUGCCAGCAAAAUUUCUGUUCCCUCUGCACCAGAGCCCCCUCCCAUUGGCGACAUUGGUGAGGAAGAUGACGACGACGAGGAAGUCGAUAGGCCUGGUGUCAGGACCCUGGAGAUGGGCAUCCUGUUGCAGGGGUAUGCCUACCGAUCCUCGGUCGAGCUGCCCUCGAACGGCCAACUCGUAGAGGUGGUGGGGCCUCUCCCGGCAGGGAUCGACAUUUUGGUCAAAGAUGAAGGUAGCCCUGAGCAUCCGGCGGCGCUGUGGAUAGAGGCAGAGCUCAAAGAUCUCGGUGUCUUCUAUCACGGCCUUCUUGUUAGAAUCGCCGGCGGCGAGUUUGCGGAGGUGGUGGUUAAUCUCAAGGCCUGCGUCGUGGGUCCCAGGGAAGGGCGAUUAUCGAGGAUUCACCACAACGUCGAGCUCAUAAGAGCUCUGGCGCCCGAGGAUGUCCAUGGCCUCUCUGAGGGCAGCGUCUUCAGGAAAGCGGCGCAGUUGAUGGAGGAAGACGACGAAGAUGAUGGCUUUGGAUCUGUGAUUUGGUUGGAUGAUGGGCUGGAGUGCAAUGCCAAACUCGUGGGGGGUGUGCUUCUGCAUCGGAAUGCAAUGGAAGCAGGGCUGGGCCCGCGCAGGCGACCGGGCCUGCAGCUCGAAGAUGGCUCGGUGUCUUCCGGGAGCACCACGCCGCAGAACGCCAGCCACUUCGCCCCGAGGAUUCUGCCGCCGUCUGGUGCGAGCACUCCAGCCCAACCAAGCAGCCUAGCAUGUCCUGCACAGCCGGAUGUCUGUUCCAGCUGCGGAUGGGUCUACAUGCCUGAUGCGGUCUUCUGCCGGCACUGUGGCCAGAAGCGAGACAUGGUUCAGGCUGAAGCAAGCCCUGCUUACGUGAGUGCAGCGAGCCCCAUGCCGGAGGUGUAUGCGGGGGAUGGCUUCACGUACGGAUCAGGUGCAGCAAGUCCCUUUCCUCCUGGAGUUACGGUCUACACAUCAGAGCCCACGCCGGCCUACUGCUCCACAUCAGGCACGGUAAGCCCGCUCCCUGCUGCAUACGCAGAUGAAGGUGCAGUAUACGGUUGGUCCGGCGCUGCCACUGCUCUGCCUCCAAGGGUCCUUGCCACGAAGCUGUCCCCGUCUGCCUACGACACCUCCGGUGUAGCAAGAUUGGCGUCUGGUCAGGCCACGUGGAUGGAGCCGACAACCGUGGCCAAUCAGUGUAUGGCGCCCGUUUCUAUGUCUGUGCCAGCUGGUUCAUCGACGGACGCUCCUGCCGCUACUCUCUCUGCGAUCUCCAAUGGGAUUUCCUCGAAUGGGUAUGCAUCCACGCGCAUUUCGUCCUAUGCACCUGCGAUGCCUUCAGUGCAGGUGGCGGGAGGAGCGUCUUGUGUGCUGCCUGCUGUGAUGCACCCGCGGGCAUCCACCCCAACCGUACCGGCCAGGUAUAGCAUUGCAUCGCCAGCAGUCGCAAGGGCCUCGGUGUCAGGGAGCUCGACUCCUGUGGUACCGGUUGGGUCCCAGUGGGGAGCCGUGUCGCCUAUGCCGCCCCCACCUGCGAUGGUUCUGGGAGCUGAGCCGUCCGUUCCGGUGGAGCCACAAGUGCCUCCAAGUCUUACGGCAGGUCUUCCAGAUCCCACAUCCAUUCAGCGCCAGAAGAGCGCAUAUUCUCGCGGGCUGGAUGACCAGUUGAAGCACGGGACGGAAGUUCUUGCACAGCAGCUGAAGCAACAGUCCGACAAUUUGUUCGCAAUGGGAGAUCAACGCAAGCGCCAGUAUGCCUUGCAGGUGGACCAAGAAAUUAAGCAGCGAGAAAUGGAGCUGGCGCAGCAGCACAACGAGCAGCUGCUGCUGCUUCAGCAAGCCGCGCAGCAGCAGAAGUCGGCCUUAGAGCACCAGGCGAAUGCGUUGCUCUUGGAGUUCAACCAGAAGAAAUCGCAAGAGGACUUGGCUUAUCAACAGUACCAGUUCCAGAAGCAGCAGUACGAGACACAGCUCCAAUACAAUGACGAGAUGAAGGAGCUGCAAGCGCAACAGCAUGCAGCAACUGCGCAGGUGGCUCAGCAACGUGCCUUCAUUGCCCAGCAAGCGGUCCAAGCUUCGCAGCAGGCAGCAGCAACAGCUCAGCAGGUUCGAGUGAACCGGGCGUCGGGAGGUCCUCCCAUGCCCAUCACGCUGAGUGCGGGAUCGUACUCGCGUUUGGUCCCUGCGCCCACAGCCUCGACCGCGUGCAUGAUGAACAACGUUCCAUCUGUACCGCAGGUCAGUGUCGUGCAGGAUGAGGCCUCCCAGUCUUGGCAAAGACUCGCAUGGCAAAGCCGGCCCAUGUGA